AUGGCUACCAUAUUGAUGGUGGGAAAAUCAGAAGUCCCUGGCAUCGCUGUACAAUGUGAACUGCUGUUGCCCAAUGGACAUUUGCCAAGGACCUAUGAAUUCGACAUAAAGGAUAUUGGACUUCGACGUCGCCUUGUACGCCAGUUCUAUGGAAUACUUAUCCUACAGGUGAUCUGCAGCUUGCCCUGCCUUGAGGUCCUACUGAAACAUAAUUUGCCUUACAAUUAUGUAAUGCCCAUAUCUAUGGUAAUCACCAUGUUCCUCUAUAGCUGUUUUUACCUUUGGCCGGAGUGGAGGAGACGUGCUCCUUACAACUACCUUGUGCUUUUGCUAAGUACAGCCAUCGGAUGCGUCAAUAGAAGCGUAUACCUAUUGAAUUUAGUUCAAAAUCAUUGGGCCUACUGCUAUCCCAUUAUUCUAAUCCUGGAGAUCCUGGCUUUGAUGCUGUUCUCUACCCAGAAGCGAUUUCGGUUUACCCAGAUCCGUGGGAUUUGCAUAAUAUGCCUCGUCUUUGGGUUGUUCCUACUUCUGGCCUACCGCCUGAACCGGAUGGUAGAAGUCUUCUCCGGAAUGGCUUGCACUGUGGAGGCAUGGUACAUUACCUACGACACCCACUGUAUGCUGUGCGGGCUGCAUGGCUACAAUCUUGGACCCGAAGAGUGUGUAUUUGCCGCGUGCAACAUCCACUGCGAUUUGCCCAAGGGGUUAUGGCGGCUUAUGAAUAUGCUUUUCUUCAGCAAAAUCUUGGAGUCCUUUCGAAUGUUCCGCACUUGCUUCAGGACUGAGGUUUGCUAG